AGUGUCAAUUCAAAACAAAGUCAAAAAAUCAAAACAUUGUACCUAAUUACUUUAGGUAUUAAUUUAUUUCCCAUGUCUUCGUAGUUUUCCUCUUGAUUUUCCAUUACUUAUUAUUUUCCAUGAAAACAGAUUGCGAGCAGUUUUGUUUAUAGUGUUUCCUGACCUAAACUACGAACUACUGCGCUUUACAACUCCAUUGGAAUUGGACACAUCGCUUUCCCAUUUUUACAAAUAUAAGCCAUACAUUUAAUCAACCGAAAUGAAUAAUGAAACGAUUGUUAGUUCAAGGCCUGACCGGGAAAUAAGGAAAACGAUCAUCUCUCCUGGUGACUACACGAUUGUCCCUUACGAAGACUCUCGAUGCCGAAUAACCUUGUCUGAAAUAAAAUGUACAAACGACGGCGGGAACUGCGAGAUCGAAGCAGAGAGUCGUGUGUUUAGUGAUUCUUUUGACGGGAAUGUCUUGAUCGGAGACUGUGACUGUUUUAUUGAUAGAGAUUUCGAGUUAGCGCUUCAGCAAAUGUGUUUGGGGGAAGUUAGUGAGGUGAAGAUGGUGUAUAGGGACGGUGAAGGGUCGCUGGUGAAGGAGAUCUCUUGUAAAGUCGAGUUAAGGGAAGUGACAGAAGAACAGCUGAUCAGUGAUUGGAGUUGGCAGCGGCUGCAAGAGGCAGCUGUUUAUCAUAAGGAUUGUGGAGUGAAACUAGUUGGUGAGAAGCGGAUAAUGGAUGCCUUUAGGAGAUUCAACAAAGCAUUCAAGUUUGUCACUGCUAUAGAACCCAUUGACCCUGAGCUGAUCGACGAGGAGGCUGUCAAAGAGCUGGUGGACUUAAAGGUAAAACUUUACAACAAUUUAGCCCACUGCCAACUCCAUUACAAGGAAUAUGAUGCAGCCUUGGAGCUAUGCAACAAAGCUCUGAAGUAUGACCCGGACAGCUUAAAAGCUCUCUACAGGCGGUGCACAGCUUACAUCGGCCUUCGGAAGUACGAGGAAGCCUGGACGGACAUACAGCAUGUGUUGAGGCUCGAUCCUAAUGAUAAGGCAGCUCAGAACAAGGCCACCCAACUCAGACCGAAGGUGGAGAAGAUUCAGAAGGAAUAUACCAGUGUCAUUAAGAAAAUGUUCAGUUAGUUUAGUAUGUGUGAUGUAAAUUGUAAAUAUUAUUUAAGAAAUAAAAAAUGCAUUUAUUAUGA